UCUUUACUACUAAUUAAGGCUGUAAGGGGUAGGCUGCCUCCUUGCGUUCUGCCUUUUUUUCAUUUCCUGUUUUGCCCUCCUGCCCGCGCACCUCACCUGCCCGUGUCGCCUCCUCUCCUGUCCUCCGCGCGCGUUGGGCGGGCAGCCAACUCCCCCACCAAACCCUAAUCACUCCGGCGCCGCGCCGCGCGGACUUGCCUCGAUCCGCUCCAGCGGCCGCCUGCCGAGGCGGCUGUGCGGUGGAUCCAACCUGCCGUCUUGUUGCGCCUCGUGCAUCAACGCGAGGCUGGUCGAGUACCACACGAGGCUGCGCAUGAUGAGGAGCCUCCGCGACUCCCUCCACGGCCGAAUCGCUGCACGCCUCGAAGCCAAGAGAAAAACAGAUGAGCAGCGGAUCUGGAGAACAAGCAAAGAACAGGAUAUCAUGGAGUUGAGGAAUCGGCUCACUGAAUUGAAGAGAAAAACUGCCGUAGACAAGACAGAGGUCGAGCAGGCAUCGAGUGAUCUUAAGGCAAAAACUGUGCCAUUGAAUUUGGCUCUUGUCACGCUAAAAAAGAGACGAGCUGAUGCAGUGGCCAUGCACACCAAUGCCAUGAAGGUUGCUCAGAUGAAUCUCAUGGCAACCACCUCAGAUUGUAUGAAAAUGCAAUCAAAAUCUGUAAAGCAACUUUGCAGAUUGUUCCCAAUGCGACGAGUAAGUUUCUACAUGCAUAUAUACUCUUGUGAAGUUGUGAUCCAGGGUUGACGUCCUCACCUGUCAAGAUUCAACUUAGAUCAUAUUUGGAGAAUGUUGUUUGGGAUAGUUUGCGACAGUUUUCCAUGUUAACGUCAUAAGUUAAUUGUAUUAUAUCACUACUACUCAUUGUUUUUAGCAGGCGUAACGGGAUUUUAAAAGGUCAAACUUCAUAAAUUUUGACCAACAAUUAGUCAAACCAUAGGGAUGCUUAAUGAAGGUCUUAACUCUUUGCCGAUUUGCAAUUAAUGGUGUCUCUCCAAAUCCCUGUAAAGUGCCACAGUCUGUGUUUAAUGAAGGUUCUUUGUGUUC